CUCGUUUUUUACAACAAAAAGCUGCUCCAGGUCUGACUGUAGACCAAUUUAUUAAUGAACUUGAUAUAUUACUUCAAAAUUUGCAUGGUAAUCCAAUUAGAAAUCGUAUUUCAGAAUUCACUACAUUUAAUAAAAAGAAGAAAAAUUAUUAUCGUUUGGUAAAAAGAUUAAAAUAUAAAUUCCAUUUAUCAAAUAUUAUUUUACAAAAAACCGACAAGUCUAAAGUUUUUCACCUUGGGAAGAUGCGAGAUUAUCAAUUAAGAUCUGAACAAUAUAUGGAUAAAACUGGAGCGUUUAAAUGUUUAGGAACCAAUGAUCCAUUACCCGAUCUUGUCGAACGUACCAAUAAAUAUUUGGUGAACAUGAGAUUAUUACAUCGUAUAAACCAAAAAUAA